AUGGUCGAGAAGCUCUACGUCACGUACAACGAUGUACACAAGCUCUGCCAGGAGUCCGCCGUCAAGAUCCUUGAGACCUUCCAGCCCCAGCUCAUCAUCGCCAUCGGCGGCGGCGGCUACGUCCCCGCCCGCAUCCUGCGCUCCUUCCUGAAGAAGCCCGGCAACCCCAACAUCCCCAUCCAGGCCAUCGGCCUCUCCCUCUACGAGAGCCUACCCGAGACCUUUGGCGGCAACGCCACCCCCGGCGUGCCCGAGGUCCCCGGUACAAAGGUCACCCGCACUCAAUGGCUUGACCUCAACGCCAUCGGCGACAUGGAGAACCUCGUCGGCAAGCGCAUCCUCAUCGUCGACGAGGUUGACGACACCCGCACCACUCUCGAGUACGCCGUCAAGGAGCUCCAGAAGGAUGUCGAGGCCGCCAGCCAGCGCCUCGGCAAGGGCGAGAAGACCGAGUUUGGCAUCUUCGUCUUGCACAACAAGGAUAAGCAGAAGAAGGGCACCCUGCCCGAGGACAUGAUGAACUCCGGUCACUACCUCGCCGCCCGUACCGUCGACGACAUCUGGAUCAACUACCCCUGGGAGGCCAUCGACAUUGACGAGCACGACCGCAACGCCGCUGAGCAGAGGAAGUAA